CACCGUGAUUGGGUCAGGUCCUUCGAACUGGCAACUUCAGUUUCUUUGAUUUUUCUGUGUGAGAGUGUGGAUUUGUGGAAUGAGCGAGCGAAGCCGAGGGGAGGAGGAGGAGGUGUAUGGUACAUAAGGUAUAGCCAAUUCACUCAGCUCCCGUCUGCGUUAUUGGAGGGAGCUACGAACUGCGCGUCUAAGGGACUGUGCGCCGUAUCUAAAUAAGUGUACUGAUGUUUCGAAGUAUUGACUUAACCUUAAACGGUUUUUCUUUUUGCUAUAUAUCAAGGGUUUGUAUAUAAUUUGAUAUGGUAAUACUACAGUGCGUUCUGACUGGCAUGUUUCUUUUCAUAAAAGCAUUGAGUGAAACUUGAACAUCGCGUCUUCGUGAUCACUCUGUUCCUAAAAAGACAUUUGCUUUUCCCACGCAUUUAAAAUUAUAACAGCAGGCAAAAACAUGCUUAUAAUUAGCAUAAAAUUUGUCUGAUUUGUAAAAUGGAUUUCUGUUUUGGAGCCACUUUACACACCAGUUAAUGCAUCAUAUAGAUGUCAAAUACAACAAGGUUUGUGAAAUAUUAGAAACACAUUUUGAUUUAUUGAUUUCUUUUUAUUGUUAAAAACGUAGAAUGGCUUUUCCAGAAAUUAUACCAGACUUUCCCCAGCUGUCGAUGGAGAACAUUUUGCUGAUUUGGCUUGCAAUUUUGAUCGCAGUCCACUUGCUCACUGAUUUGGUGCGCCACUGGAGCGUGCGGACUUUACCGGGCCCUUUUCCGUGGCCGAUCGUAGGUAAUGCGGCGCAAAUGGGAAGCUCCCCGCACAUCUACUUCACGCGCAUGGCGCGGAACUACGGCGACGUGUUCCAGAUCAAGCUUGGCAACAGGUCCGUUGUGGUGCUUAACGGCGACUCAAUCCGACAAGCGCUCGUGCACAAGGGUGUAGAUUUCGCAGGCAGGCCUGAUUUCGCCUCGUUCCGCUUCGUCUCUGGUGGUCGAAGCAUGGCAUUCGGCAAUUACAGCGACUGGUGGAAGGUGCACCGACGAGUUGCGCAUGCCACCGUACGCAAGUUCACCUCGGCUAACCAGGAUACCAACGCCAUCGAGAACCACGUCGUGGCAGAAUUCAAAGAACUGAUCUCGUUGUUUAUGCGCGAAACGAGCGCGCAUGGCUAUUUUGAACCCCACCACUACCUUCUGAUGUCCAUGGCAAACAUUUUUAGCGCACUGUGCUUCGGGAAACGCUAUUCGUACAACGACGCCGAGUUUCAGCAGGUGGUCGGGCGCAACGACAAGUUCACAAAGACGGUGGGCGCUGGCAGCAUUGUGGACGUUAUGCCUUGGCUUCAGUUCUUUCCCAACCCCAUCAAAACACUGUUUGAUCAGUUCAAGGAACUCAACGCAGAGUUCUAUGAUUUCAUUCUGGCCAAAGUUGUUGAGCACCGGAAGACCAUGGAGCCGAGCAUCGUCCGGGACAUGACAGACUCGCUCAUCAUGACGCUAGAACGCGGCAUAACGGGGGCUCCCGGGGUCUUAUUGGAUGAGAAGUACGUGACCCCGACCAUCGGUGAUAUAUUCGGGGCGAGCCAAGACACCACAUCCACUGCACUGCAAUGGAUUGUUCUACUGCUCGUGAGGUAUCCGGAUAUUCAGAAGAAACUUCAAGAGGAAGUGGACAAAGUCGUGGGAAGGAAUCGUUUACCUUCCAUCCAGGACCGACCACAUGUCCCAUAUGUAAUGGCUUUCAUCUAUGAGAUGAUGCGGUUCACCAGUUUUAUCCCGAUGACAAUCCCCCACAGCACAACCACAGACACCACCAUUAAUGGAUAUCCAAUUCCCAAAGGCACCGUGGUUUUCAUCAACCAGUGGUCCCUGAACCAUGACCCUGAAAAGUGGGAUCAGCCUGAGAUCUUCAACCCACUACGCUUCCUUGAUGAGGAAGGGGAACUAAAUAAAGAUGUGACUGGCAAUGUCUCAAUCUUCUCUAUGGGAAAGAGGAGGUGUAUUGGAGAAGAACUGUCCAAAAUACAGCUCUUCCUCUUCACAACCCUACUGACACAUCAGUGCCAUUUUACAGUCGAUAAACAGCCCACUAUGGACUGCAUGUAUGGGCUAACCCUGAAGCCCAACCCAUUCCAAAUAGCAGUAACUCUGCGUGACUGAUUGUACUGGAUGGACCACAUCUUCAUGAGCAGGAAGUGCACAAAAUCAUUUAAAAGCUCUAUUGUUUAAAAUUGACAUUACAACCAGCAUAGUUUAACUGUGUAACCAUGUUCAAAAUCUGCCAUAGGUGUGAUCAGCCAAUCCAGUGAGCCCUUGAAUAGAUUUUGAACCAUUCUGUAUAACCAUUUUUGUUAAACUUCAAGAAAUGUGUUCAAAGAUAAAUAAUCUGAAAUACAAAAAAAAACCCAUAUAAAAUAGGUAUAAAUGAACUAAUAACAAAAAUAUUUUCUGGAUCAUUAAAAUUCAGGAAAUUUGAUAAUUCACGUAGCUGCCUCCAUUUCAUGGUUUUAGAUCCUUGUAGUAAUUUAGCCAACAAGGUUGUGCUAAACCUAACCCUAGCUUGUCAGUAUGAAGACUGACUGUUUCACAUGGAACACAGGGCGGCGUUGAAGGAUUUAUUCUUUUUUGAAUAGGACUCAAAAAGGGACCAUAGUAUUUCUUUGAGGCUGUUAGUAUGGUUUCAAUAUCACUAGAUUGAGAUGGGAGCUUAACUUGACUUCAGGCUUCCAGUCAAUGCUUUCAGCCCUACACUUUUUCUCCAAAGUCUUCAUUCUGGUGAUGUAGACAAAGUAAAAACAUCAAGCAAACAAAAAGUCGUUGUGGGUGAAUGAAUUAAAACACGGGCAUUAGGACAUGGCAUCAAUUUACUAAUCAAUACAAUGCACAUUUUACUCCCCUACAAACAUUAGGGAAACAUAACCAAUAUUUCCUCUCAAACCUUUUGCCUACAGUUUUAACUAGGCUAAAUAAUUUAAUUCAUGAAAAAUGAAGGCGGCUUAUAGAACAAUGAACAAUGAAGCAGAUCACUGUUAUCAGGUAAUACCUACUGUAUGUGUAUGAGAACAUGUUAAUAUAUUUACGAAAUAACUACACUCAGGCAACCCUUUCUGAUGUAAAGUUUAAGUUGAAUGACUGACAUUCAGAUAGUUGUGGACAUUAAGGCACUGACAAAAUUCAGUUCAGUCAAUAACCUCAUAUUCUCAGUAUCUAAGGAGGCUAGUGCAUAUAUUCAAGCUAUAUGUUUAGUUCUACAUAUUACAUUUAUUCCUUCUUGUUUUUGUUCGAGUUAGUAACCGUUUUUAUUUUGUGCUUUGUUAUAUAUUAUUAUUUGCAGAACAUUAUUAAACACACACAUGCACGCGCGCACACACACACACACACACACACACACACACACACACACACACACACACACUUAGAUAACUGUUGUAGCAGAUUCAUUUUAAUUAAAUAUUCAUAUAUUUAUAUGAUUUAUAGAAAGGAUGGCCUAUUUUUUGUUUGUUUCACAAGGCUGAUUGUUAUGGAUGUUAUGGGGUCUGGAAGGGUUCUUGCACUGCCAGACUGAGGAGCAACGUCUACCCCGUAACAAUCAGCCUUGUGAAACAAACAAUCUGUAAGCCAAUAGCCCUUGAUUUUUUGAUUGCUGUUGAUAAGUUGUUGCUGGGAGAUGCAGUAAAUGUGUAUGGUCUUGAUACUCCUGCAGUAGAAGUAUGGUCUUGAUACUCCUGCAGUUCAUGCAGGGAGCAGGAGCUUUGCCACCUUUUGUGAGGUCUAUGAUAAGCUACUUGGUCUUAUUGGUGUUGACCACCAAGUGGUUUUGAUGGCAGUAGUGAAGAGCACUAUAUAACACAACAGUGAGGAUAAUCUGGCACAGGUGUUUGACAGAGCUGAGAUCUGGUGACUGUGGAGGCCAUAUGUUUAACAUACAAUAAACAUGAUCAGACAAAAUCCAUAACAAUAAAGAGCUAUGGGUUUUUAUUUUAAUUUGCUACCGAUCUAUAGUUAGGAACUCAAUACUCUUUGUUUUCACUGUAAUUGAAUUUAAAGUUAUGUUUUAAAUAGGUUGAUCUAUAUGUUUUAAUAAGCUUAAGCUAGGGUCCAUAGUACAGCAUUUUUUGCUCACUGAAAAAAGCUAGUUAUUUGAGUGUGCUUGAGGCUACAUGUGCAGUAGAUUUCUUAGAAAUGUAGUAAUGAAUCCAACAAAUAGGAUUCAUAUUACAUGGUACUUUUUUAGUCCCCAUACUGAGAGACUUCAGUUCUCUAAUGUUCACUGACUUGUAGUUUAAUGAUGCCUCAAAUAUUCUACUGAAUUUAUCACACUUGCUUGUUUUUACAGAUAAUACCAGACAGGCUCCAUUGGGUUUAUUCUAUCUGAAAAAUUAUUUAGUUAUUAU